AUGCAACGAAGGCAGGGAAGAGUCAAUACUGGACUGCUUUUGCUGCUUUUUCAAAUUUCUCAAGUUGGACUCCAGAACAUUCCUUCUGUUACCCUUGGGGUACUUGUACUGAAUAUUUUUCUUUUUCUGAAUCCUGUAAGGCCACUGCCUGAAGUGUGUAUCAGUGUAAAUGAAGGCUUCUACAGAAAGAACUGGCAGCGUUUACUGCUUUCUCCUGUCCACCAUGCAGAUGACUGGCAUUUGUAUUAUAACAUGAUUUCCAUGCUUUGGAAAGGGAUGAUGUUGGAAAAAAAGCUUAAGAGCAUGUGGUUUGCAUACAUAAUUGCAGUAUUUUCAGUGCUGACUGGAGUUGUUUAUAUGGUGCUCGAAUUCAUGCUUGUGAAAAUUCUGGAUGAUCCUUCAUAUGGAAUGAAUUGUGCUGUAGGUUUUUCAGGAGUCUUGUUUGCUUUGAAAGUUCUUAACAACCAUUACAAUCCUGGAAGAGUCAACAGCGUCUUUGGAUUGCAGAUACCCAGUAAAUAUGCUUGUUGGGUGGAGCUGGUGGCUAUUCAUUUAAUCUCACCCGGGACUUCUUUUGCUGGGCAUCUGGCAGGGAUUCUUGUUGGACUGAUGUACACUAUGGGACCUCUGAAAAAGAUCAUGAAAGCCUGUACAGGUGGUAUGUCUUCAUUCACUGUCCCUGCCCGGCCAAGGGAAUACUAUUCGGAGUAUUAUGACUAUCCAGGUUAUCAAUACAGAACACCAAGGAGCUAUUUUGAUUAUACGGGUGGGCUUACUGAAGAAGAACAGCUUGAAAGAGCAGUGCUGAACAGCCUUAAUGAAAGAG